CGUCAGCUGCACUUGCCUCCACACACACACCGCUGGGAUUUGCCCUCGAGGGCUAGCCCGGCCGACACGAACGACCUACCCCACGAGGAGGCACUACUGCAGCGACGCUACAAGACGGCGAAGGACGACCCGGGACCACAAUACGCCUGGAACGGAAUGCCGCCCCAGCAGAAGAACUCCCCGCCGUCCCGGCAGAAGCAGGCUGACGACAAGGAAGCCGCCAACGGCGGCGUCGCCUCACGACCGGCCGUACCCGAGCUGGUGGUCGUCUGCAGCUCCAAGACGCCCUCUCCUGAAGAUGCACCGCUGCCGCAGCCGCCGGCGGAUCAGCCCGAGAAACUGCUGGAUUUCGACGACGUGUUGCCGCACAUGGGGGAGUUCGGCGUCUACCAGAAGGGUCUUUUCAUCCUGCUGGCGCCGUUCGCCUUCUUCGUCGCCUUCGUGUACUUCACGCAGAUCUUCGUCACGCUGACGCCCGAGAACCACUGGUGCAAGGUCCCGGAGCUGAUGAACCUCUCCAUAGAGCAAAGGAAGGCGCUGGCGAUCCCGCCAGCCGAGUCUGGCGGCUUCUCCAAGUGCCGCGAGUAUGCGCUGGACUGGGCGGCGCUCAACCUGUCCACCGUGCAGGCGGCAGACCCCGCCUGGCCCACGCGGCCCUGCUCCAGGGGCUGGGAGUUCGACAGCGACGAGGUGCCCUACUCCACCAUCGCCAUGGAGCUGGAGUGGGUGUGCGACAAGUCUGCGCUGGGCUCGGUGGCGCAGUCGGUGUUCUUCGCGGGCGCCAUCCUUGGUGGCGUGGUGUUCGGCUGGGUGGCCGACCACUGGGGCCGCAUCCCGGCCUUGGUGGGCACCAACGCCGUGGGCGCCGCCGCCGGCAUCGCCACCGCCUUCGCCUCCAGCUUCUGGGCCUUCUGCCUCUGUCGCUUCCUCGUCGGGCUCGCCUUCGACAACUGCUUCACCAUGAUGUACAUCCUGGUGCUGGAGUACGUGGGUCCGCAGUGGCGCACGUUCGUGGCGAACAUGUCGAUCGCGCUGUACUUCACGCUGGCGUCGUGCCUGCUGCCGUGGAUCGCCUACUUCGUGGCCGACUGGAAGCUGCUCUGCAUCGCCACGUCUGUCCCGCUGCUGCUGGCACUCGUCACGCCCUGGGUGGUUCCGGAGAGCGCCAGGUGGCUAGUGUCUCAAGGAAAAAUCGACAAAGCGUUACGAAUUAUGAAGAAAUUUGAGAAAAUAAACGGCAAGAAAAUCGAUCCCCAAAUUUACAAGGAUUUUGAGGACAGCUGUCACAAGAUCUGCAAAGAGGAGGAGCAGGACAAGAGCUACUCAGUGCUGGACCUCUUCAGAACUCCGAGACUCAGGAGGAUAACCAUUCUGCUAAUUAUCAUCUGGAUGGCGAUCUCGCUGUGCUUCGACGGGCACGUGCGCAACGUGGGCUCGCUGGGGCUGGACGUGUUCGUGACGUUCACGAUCGCGUCGGCCACGGAGCUGCCGGCGGACACGUUCCUGACGAUGGUGCUGGACCGCUGGGGCCGGAGGUGGCUCGCCUGCGGCUCCAUGGUGCUCAGCGGCGUCUUCAGCCUGCUCGCCAGCGCCGUGCCCACCGGCAUCGCGUCCGCUUCGCUGGCCAUCAUGGGCCGGUUCAGCGUCAACAUCUCGUACAACAUCGGGCUGCAGUACGCCGCCGAGCUGCUGCCCACCGUGGUGAGGGCGCAGGGCGUGGCGCUCAUACACAUCAUGGGCUACGUCGCCACGCUCAUCUCGCCCUUCGUCGUCUACCUGGCUGUGGUGAGUCCGGUGCUGCCGCUGAUCGUGUUGGGCGCCAUCGGCGUGGUGGGCGGCGCGCUGUCGCUCUACCUGCCCGAGACGCUGGACAAGGAGCUGCCGCAAACGCUGCGCGACGGGGAGCAGUUCGGCCUGGGGCAGCGGCUGCUCGACUUCCCCUGCUGCGGAAAAAAACCAGAAGCGAAGGACGCAGCAGCGGCGGUGGAGACGGGCAAAGAGGCGUCACCGCCGGCCAGCCCGUUCCAGCGAGGCCUGGGCAACCGCGCCUCGCUGCGAGCCUCCAUCCGCGGGGAGACCUACCGCUCCAGCAUGAUCCUGCGCUCUUCCGUGCGCUCGCGCCGCGCUGCCUCGCCGCCAGAUGCCAGCACCGCCGCAGGCGCAAGCGUUGGCGCCGCCACGCAGCCCGACGCCGUUUGA